UCAGUAGGCCGCAGUUCCUCGAAUGUUGCUGGUCCUUACCUAGGUAUUUCAGCUCAAUGCGACUUCCGACUACCCUGCGCUUUAGCUGACGCAGACCGCAUGGUGAGUCAGGUAGCGGAUUAGAGUUUCGCCAAUGGUCCGCUCGUUAUCGUUAGUCGAUAGUAAUACUUAGCACGCUUUCGAAAAGCGGUACCUUGUAACCUCAGUUCGUUAGUGUCGCGGUUCAGGCAUGAGCAGCGGAGGACCUGGAUGGGGGACUUUCUUCGGGCUUUCGCCCUCGCAGUCCCGCGUGGCUCCCGAGAAAAAUGGCAGCGACGAUGCAAUCAAGGGCAGUGCGGCUGACCAAAGUCCUGCAAAAUCCGGCACGGUCGGACUCGAUGCAGCUCUGCCGGCAGGCGUUAAACCUGAGCCAGUUGUUACUCUUGCGUCUACUAAUACGACUAAGAUGACUGAUAUGAAUUCAGUAACUGAUAUGACUAAUUCCCUCCCCGCGAGUGGCGAGAACGGGCCUCGGUCGACUGAGGGCCCAGAGCCUGAUCUGGCGGCCCAACCCGUCAGCGACACGGCGAAAGGUGGCGCAGACAUGCACACGGAGGAAUCUCGGACCGAGAACGGGGUGGGGGAGAACGGGACGGAGGGAGAGAGGGACAGUGAGGCGUCUCAAAGCGCGCGUGUGUCGGAAGUUGGGACGCACCAAGUUGGGCAAGCGCCGGCAGAGAGUGAGAAAUCCGAAGAGGACGAGAGGCAGCGGGAGGUGCGUGCGCCGCAGGGUGGGGAGCAGCGGAACGGCCACGUUUCGGAGACGCCUCAGGGGGAGCAGCAGAAUCGGGAAGCGCCAGCGGAGAGUGAGAAACUUAGAGGAGGCGAGAGGCAGCAGGAGGAGCGCGUGCCAGCGGGUGGGGAGCAGAGUGGACUGCAACAUGGGCAAGCGCCGGUGGAGAGUGGAGAAAGGGAAGUGGGCUUGCGCACAGAGGAAGGGACGCAGGCGCAGGUUGAAGUCUCGGAGUCGCCUCAGGGGGAGAAACAGAGCAAGGGCGUUGAGGCGCCUCAAGAGGAGGGAGAUGGCAAGGGCACUGAGGGGUUGGAAAGCGUGGUGGUGAUGGUUGGGGAGAAAGAGGGGGGUGGAGAGGGAGGGGUGGAUGCAGGAGGGGGAACCGAUGGGAGGGGCGAGGCACAAGGGGAGGCGGAAGGAGGUGGCGAAGGGGGAGGGGGCGAAAGAGGAGCUGAGAGGGAAGGAAGCACUGGCGUGGACGGGAAGAUAGCUGGGAAGGCAGCGGAAGGAGAGGCAGGUGCUGCUGUGCCUCUGCCGCCCUCUGAACCUCUGCCGCCCUCUGAACCUCUGCCGCCCUUUGAACCUCUGCCGCCCUCUGAACCUCUGCUGCCCUCUGAACCUCUGCCGCCCUCUGUGCCGACGCCGCCCUCUGAGCCUUUGCCGCCCUUGGAAGGGGAGCAUCCAGAGAAUGGAGAUGGGCGGGAGAGGCAGACUGGCGAUGGGCCCCGUGAGAAUGGGACGGCUGACGCAGGGGCGGAUGCUGGUAGCGGAGAUGCGAAUAAGGGGGAUGAGGGGAGAAGGGAGAUGCGCUCGAGGGUGGAUGAGCUGCUGGCGCAAGCUGCUGCGCUGAGGGCGCGCGGACAGGCGCGUGGGGGAGGCGCGGAGCGUGGGGAUGCGGACCUGGGGAACGGGGGGGAGGGCGGAGAGGAGGAGGAGGGGGAGGGGGGAAGUGGGGAUGGAGAGUGGGAGGGAGAGAGUGAGGAGGAGUCGCCAAUGGAGAGGGAGAUAAGCUGGGGGGAUGAUGACGAUGACUACGAGAGUAGUGAAGAGGAGGAGGAGCAGGGGGAUGGGGGUAAUGGGGGGACGGAUGGGGGGGCGGGAGGGGGCGUGCACCGCAUGGUUCACCUGCAGCGAGCCCUAGCAGAGCUGACUGCUGCUUCCAGGGAGAGGGAACGGCGGAAGAGAGAGGCCGCUGCUGCUGCUGCUGCUGCUGGAGGUGGUGAUGGUGGUAGUGGUGCUGCUGCUGCCACUGCAGCUGUCGGUACUGCUGCUUCAGCUAUUGCUACUGCUGGUGGUGCUGCUGCUGGCAUCGCUGGUGGUGGUGGUGAAUCAGCAGGGAGAGCAACGACAGCAGGAGAUGGGGCAGCAGCUGCUGCAGGCUCAACACAUCGAGAGAGGGAGGGGAAGGGCUUAGGUCAGGGCGUUGUGGGGGAUUCAGGAGAACAGGGUGCGGGCAAACCUGAUGAGAAAGCAACGAGCACAAGUGCAGGAGAAGAUUCGGUGAAGAGCGGUGCAGAGGAGUCCGAGAAGCUGAGGAGCGGUGAGAGUGCGAGUGAGAACGGUGAAGGGGAGAUUGACGGGGAUGGAAAGCAAGUAACUGGGGCAGGAGAGGGAGAGGGAGAAGGCAAAGGGGAGGGGGGAGGAGAAGGUAAGGGAGAGGGGGGAGGAGACGGCAAGGGCGAGGCGGAGAAGAAGGACGUUCCAGUGGGGAAGCUGCAGAAGGAGCUGAAGGGGCUAGAGCUGAUGCUGGCACGCGUGAAGCAGCGGCAGGCGGAGGAGCAGCAGCAGAAGGCGAAGGAGAAGCAGGCUCAGGAGGAGCGGGAGAGGCGGAGGGAGGAGCAGCAGAAGCUGAGGGAGAGGAAGCAGAGGGAGGAGCGGUUUAAUGAGUUGCUGGAGAGACAGAGAGAGGAGGAGGAGGAGCAGGAGGAGCAGAGGAGGAAGACGGGAGGAACGGGAGGUGGUGGGGGUGGGGGAGGAGGGAGCAGGGAAGGGCUGCUCUCGGGGCUCUCGCUUGAAGGCACCGCCACUGAUGCAGGGGCGAAGAGAAAGGACGAGAGUGAGAGUGAGAGGCCGAUGGGGUUGGAAGAGGCGAAGGCGCAUCUGCUGCGCGUGGCUGCUGAGGGGCUCGUGAAGAAGCGGCGUGGAGAGGAGGAGGAGAAGGAGGAUCCAGAGGUUACCGUUGGGGCUCUGCCUGUGAUUCCGGAGGGGGAUAGGGAAGGGGAGGAGACGGAGGAGGAGGAGGAGGAGGAGGAGGAGGCGGAGACAAUGACGGAGUCAGGGGAAGCAGGACUGGUGACAAGAGAGGGAGAGCAAGAGCAGGGCGUAACAAUGGAGGCGAUGGGUGAAGAGGUGAUUGAAGAGCAGGGGAAGGAGCAGAGCACAGAACAGGGCAGAGAGCCGAGCACAGUGCAGGGCAGGGGAGGAGGUGGAGGAGGAGGAGAAAUUAGUCAAGGGCUUGGGUUUUUGUCGCUCUUUGGCUCGUUUGGGAUGGGGCGGAACAAGAGUGUGUCGGGGAGCAACAGUGGAAGCAGCAGCAGCACCACCAGCGCAGGAAGUUCCCCUGCCACUACCCCUGCCACUCCCCCUGCCACUCCCCCUGCAGCAGCACCUGCAACAAGAGACUCGCAGAAGCCUGCAUCCCCUACUUCUCACGCUGCCACGGCUGCCGCCGCCGCCGCCGCUGCUGCUGCCGCUGCCGCUUCCUUCGCCUCCCCUGGUCCCCUCUCCUCAUCGCCCAGUCCUUCUGCCACAUCAGCAUCCUCCUCGUACGGACCUCCCAGGGACAAGAAAAGCUGCUCACCAGACACUCUCCCCGACCGCCCCCAUCCCUCCACACACAGGGAUGCGGGCUCUGCUGAUUCUCCUGCGGGUGGCGCCCCAGCCUCCCCUCCCCCCUCUAUCUUCCCGUCGCGCAUGAAUCCCAACAGCCCCAUAACUUUCAGCCUGGGCCUGUUUGGCGGUGCACUGGACAUGGCCAUGACCUCCUCCUCCUCCCCCUCAGGCUCCUCCCACCCCACUCGCUCCUCCUCCUCUCCCUCCGUCUCCGGCCCCACCUCCCUCUCUCUCUCACUAGGCCCCGCCUGUGCUUCCACCAACGCCCUACUAUCCUCCUCAACCCCCCGUCUCUCCCUCCCGUCGCCUCUCUCAGACUCCCACGUCAACUCCUCCUCCCCUCCCUCCUCCCUUGCUGCUCACCCCUCCUCCCUCGCUGCACCCACCUCCUCCCUGACCAACCUCCCCUCAUCCUUCGCCACGUCUCCAUCCUCCCUGGUGGUUCGGGACGUUGACUCGGCCAAGCAGCAGCUCCUAGCCAUGGCGGGCGAUGCCAAGGAGCGCAUCGAGGGGCUCGAGCGCCAGCUGGCGGCGCGCGACGCAGCCGUCGCCAGGCUGGACGAUGAGGUGGCGGCGCUGCGCGCUGAGUCAGAGCGGCGAGCGGAGGAGGUGGCACGGUUGGAGGAGAGAUUAAGGGAGCAGGAGGAGCGCUGGGCUUCUGCUGCUGGUGCUGGUGCUGCUGGUAGUGGGGUUGCUAGUGGGGCUGCUGGUGCGGGUGCAGGCACAUCAUCAGGAGGAGGAACAGGCAGUAGCAGAGGUAUGGUGGGGCGUAGGGUAGACGAUCAGAGGAGAAGGCUCGAGCAGCAGCAGCAGCAGCAGGUGGUGAUAUCUCGAACGGUUCUGCUGCAGAGACAGCUGCAGGCUGCUGCUCCCAGGCCCGGCAGGGGGCCCAGGUGGCAGAGCCUGGAGCGGCGGCUGGAGCAAAAGGACAAGGUGCUGGUUCAGCUCAUGGGCAUUGCCAAGGACCGGUGGCGGGAGGUUCGGCGCGAGGUUCGGCGCAAGGACAAGGUGAUUGCGGAGCUAGCUGAGAUGGUGGUUCGGGCUCAGGCUGAGGGGAGGCCCGGUGGUGGAGGAGAGAGUGGUAGGGAGAGGGGUGAUGAGGGAGGGGGUGGUGUGGGAAGGAGUAGCUUGGAGGAGGAAGUUAGGAAGUUGUUGGAGUUUGCACUGAGGCAUGGGGAGGAGGUGGAGGGGCUCCUUUUGAGGGAAGAUCAGAAGCUGCAGGAAGUGUUUGAGGCAGCAGACGUGACAGGGCUGGAGUGGGGUGUAAAUUCAGGGCCAUCGCUCGAUGCUUCUGGCCCCUGCUUAGGUGUGUCGGGGGCUGCUAGCUGUAGUGGGGAUGGAGAAGCAUGUAAGGGGGAUGUGUUGGGACAAGAGGGGAAAGGGGAGGAGGUGACCAGUGGUAGAGCUGCACACGAGAUGGAGAAGGUUGCAACAAGUGCCACACAUAGAGGUGUUGGAUCUCGGCAAUCUAUGGGAGGUAGGAGUUUGCCGGAUGCGCGUACAAGGUUUAGGGGACAAGGGUCACGGCACAUCGGUGCGGGAUUCCAACGCUAACCAUUUAAAAAGGCAUUCAUAGGCAUGCUGUCUCAGCAGUAGUAUCUCGAUGCAUGCCGGAUCAAUAGUUGCGUAUAGUUCCCUCUUAUCGUA